AUGCCACUCAACAUAAAUGAUCUCCUUCGUGGAGAUUUCGAUAACCCUUCUUCAUUUCAAGGUACUCACGAAGAACCAUCAACACCACCCAAUUGCAACCACAACAGUCACUCCCCUGAAGAGUUUGAAACUCGUGAUCCUAAUAACUUCUUUGAUAUACCAACUCACCGCGGAGAUAUUGCUAUGGCCGAUGGAUCAGUCUCUUAUAAUCAGAACGAUACGAUUGAGGAAGUAUGCUCUCAACUUCAAUCCAGCCUACAACUCGAUCCCGAACAUUUAAAAAUCGCUAACAUUGCAUGCAAGUAUAUUGCCGAAGCCCCUGAUGCAGCUGUCGUCUUUUCUAAUGGUGCCUUUCACCAACUUGGUGUUCCGAAGACCGUUCCUCCCCCAAACUCUACAGCUUAUGCAUAUGAUGUGACCUUCAAGGCUUAUAUUUCUAACGGUAUUGAUGAGAACCCAGCCUUAGAAUUGUUAUUCGAGGAGUUCCGGGAAGUUUCUCCAGAAUGCUAG